AUGGUCUCAACCAGAGCGACAACCAACGGUAGCACCACGAGUGCCAAAAAGGCCUCGUCCCGACAUGGGGCGUCGAACCCACGUUUCCGACACAAGAUCCCGCCGAUGUUCAUCAUCUGGCUGACGAUCUCGCUGCCGCUCGUGAUGUGGGACACGGGCUACAUCUUCCUGCGGCCACACUCGAUGCCCGGCGGGAAAUACCACGUGCCGAUCUGGAAACCCUACGCUCUGUACGGAAGCGUCGACUACGUCUACGGCUGGCCCGCGUGGGACAGCCAUAGCGGGUUCACCGCUGCACAGGCGUCCCUAAAUGUCGCCGAGACCCUCAUGUACCUCUACUACAUGGUCGUGGUGUGGGGCUCCGAGGCCAAGGCCUUGUAUGGCUUUGAGUCGGUCGGGACUCUGUUCUAUGGAAACCAUGAGAAGGUGGUUGUUGGGGAGGGCAUGGCCAAGGCCGUGUUGGUACUUUUCUCGGCGUUGGUCAUGACUAUCAGCAAGACUGUUUUAUACUGGUUGAACGAAUAUUUCUCCGGAUUUGCGGGCAUCGGUCACAAUAGUGCUUGGAAUUUGUUCUGGCUGUGGAUUUUGCCCAACGGUCUUUGGCUCAUCUUUCCAACAUACAUGUUGGUCUUAUUGGGCAAUGAGCUGGUUGCUGGUUUGGAUGGUGGCCCUGACGAAAAGGAAGAAUGA